AACGAAAAGCCGGUCAGCAAUUCUUUCAUCCGCACAACAAGAACAGUAUUACCAAUCAUGCCUCUUGAAACCCCCACUUCCGAAAGCCUCUUAGACCUUUUCAGCCUCAAGAAUAAGGUUGUGAUCAUCACCGGAGCCUCGGGCCCUAAGGGUAUUGGUUACGCAGCAGCACGCGGUUGUGCAGAAAUGGGAGCCAACGUGGCUAUCACAUACAAUACACGCCAGCAAGACGCCGAACAGAAUGUUAAAGACUUGAUCAAGGAUUACGGAAUUACGGCCAAAAGCUACAAACUAGACGUGACCGUCUUCGACGAAGUUGAGAAGUUUAUCAACACAGUUGUGGCUGACUUUGGACGUGUUGAUGCGUUCAUUGCGAAUGCCGGCGCUACUGCUAAUGCCGGCGUUGUCGACGGGACCAAAGAUGCGUGGGAUCGCGUUGUGAAAAUUGACCUCAAUGGAGUAGCUUAUUGCGCCAAGGCUGUCGGCUCUCACUUCAAGAAGCAGGGCCAUGGAUCUUUCGUCAUCACAGCUUCCAUGUCGGGCCAUAUCGCCAACUUUCCUCAAGAGCAGACAUCUUAUAACGUAGCCAAAGCAGGCUGCAUCCAUAUGGCCAAGUCGCUGGCAAACGAGUGGCGUGAUUUCGCUCGUGUGAACAGCAUUUCUCCAGGCUAUAUCAACACCGGCCUUUCGGAUUUUAUUGGCACAGAGACACGGAACCUGUGGAAGAGCAUGAUUCCUAUGGGGCGUGAGGCAGUUGCAAAGGAACUCAAGGCCGCAUACGUCUAUCUUGUGAGUGAUGCGAGCAGUUAUACUACGGGAGCUGAUUUGGUUGUUGAUGGUGGAUAUACUGCUCGAUAA